AUGGCUAUAGCUACCACUACCAACAUGGCUCGACCUCGCGACCAGCCCACGCCAGUCCACAGCAUCCCCGCUACCAGGGUCGUCAGCAUCGAGCACCCAGGUCUGGUGCGCAACUUCGACACAGGCUUCAAGUCGCUAGGUGGCGAGGCUCAACUCAAGCACGUCCUCGAGCACCAUGUCGGUGACUCGAAGCUCUCCAGCAAGCAGAACGCACUUCCUGAACCGGUCGCUGGCGUGUCGCUGCGUCCACAUGACCCACUGGCAAAGAGAAUCCCAUCCGUCGGCAUCGAGUCACGAAAUGUGCUGGUGAAGGUCACUGUGCCAAAGCGCACCGGGCGCAAACGCAAACGAGGGUCCAACGACCCGUAUACUGAAGACACAGUAAAGCCGAACACCACCAGCAUCACAGCGCCGGAUCUGGUGCAACGACUUCGCGAUAAUGAGGCCAACUACACUGUCAAGGCGGUCGGUCUGCUGCGAGAAACACAUCGAUUCCGAACCUUGCCCGACUUUCAGAUCCUCAACCGCGACAUACCCAUCAUGAAGGAGCUCCGCGACCACACUAUGGCAGCCGACUACGAUAGACUCAAGAACUUCCGAGUCGACACGUCGAAGGGGCCUGCCCGCGUUGAUGCCUAUCCCGGACCGCCAGCCUUCACCCAUCUUGACAUGCCACACAAGUACGAGUACCAACAAGCUUCCGGCGUCUACUACAUGCAGGACGAGUCUGGUCAGGUCAUCUCCAAGAACCUGGCUGCACCGCAUCGUCGCUUGACUUGGGGACUCAAUCCGGACUGCGACGAGGUACCCAUGAAGCCGCCACUGAGCCUGCCCAGGAGGAGUCCAAAUGGUGAGAUGUUGCCAAAGGCUGUGAAGAUGCUCGAGAAAAUGCUUCAGGACCGUCCUUUGGUCACGAAGCGUGUUGCCAUGAACAACAUGCCACCCCUCAGUGACACAAUCUUCAAGGAAGCCACACAAUACGUUGGCUACAGUUUCAAAGCUGGACCUUGGCGCGACUUACUUAUUAGGUACGGUGUCGAUCCACGGAAGGAUCCUGCAAUGCGCAAGUACCAGACACUCAUGUUCCAGGUCGACAAGGAAGCUUUCAACGCGGGUCCCUUGGCAGAGCAGACCUCUACAACUACGCCAGACCAGUCGAUGUGGUCCAGGCCGCUGCGACACACAAGAGACGACCCACGCACCCACAUCUUCGACGGCAAGAAUAUCACAGCAAACGGUAAGACUUGGCAGGUCUGCGAUGUGGAAGACCCUCUCGUCAAGGCCAUCUUCGACACUGAAGAUAUUCCCACCGUGUGUGAUGUGUAUUGCUGGGGUUGGUACCACAAUGGCACCAUGUCCAAGGCUCGUGCGAUCAUGAAGGACAAGAUGCGAUGCCUGUUCGCUGGAGUGGAACAGCCAGAAGAUGUCUACAUGAAGGUCGUCGAACACAUACCCGAUUACUUGGUCAAAGAAAAGGUGCAGGACCUAGCGGUGUUGACAACGAGGCAACACGGUGCGCGAGCGAAUCACCUGGCCACGGAGGUGAGGAACAUCAUCAAGGGUGGCGAGGGCGGCAUCGGAACGAAGAACAGGUAUCAUCGACCAAAGCGAGGACAGGCCGCCGUUAGCGCAUCUUCGAAGGCUGCUGCGACGAACGCGAGUGUUUCCGGUGGAGAUGGUGACACAAACGGAAAUGCUGCCGAUAAUGAUGCGAAGGAGGUUGAUGCUGGCAAAGAGGGCGAUGCUCCCGAUGAUGAUGAUGAUGAUGAUGAUGAUGAUGAUGCUGGCCAGGAGGAGGAGGAGAUUCCCGACGGCGAGGGCGACUUUCAAGAUAUGGAUGAGGAUAACGAGGACGAGGACGUUGACGGUGACGACGAUGAGGCGGAUGAUGAUGAAGAUCCGUUGGACGAGGGCAACACUGAAAUCGGGCUAGCCACCGAGCUUGACGACAUCGACUGA